GCAGCUGCCCCAAUCACCCACAACUUUUGAAGAUGAACAGAUAUAUCACUCGUUUCGCCGAAACUUUAAAUGCGGCGCGAAAUAAAGUGGCCACUGGAAAAUUCAGAAAUCUUCCCGUAGCUGCGAGGAUGGCCAAGGUGGUUUGGUCCCAGGAACUGUCCUGGUUUGCCCAGCUGAUGUUGUCCAAUUGCAACCCCGACCCUCACGAAUGUAUGAGCUCUCCCAAUUUUUAUUAUAUUGGCAACAUUUACGAACAUAGUUCCGUCCCUAUUGAGAUGGUAACUUUUACGAACUUUGCCAUUUUGAUGGGAAUGUUGGAGAGCUGGCUAAAGGACAUAAAGGGCAUUCCAAAACGACACACUCUGCGAUUGCCCUCCAGCAUGCCUAGGGCAUCUACCUUGGACUCGGCUCUGAUGAUCAGUGAACGUCUCUCACAUUUUGGAUGUGCAGCUGUCCUUUCCGAAAACUCUGAGAAGCGGGACUAUAAUUUCAUGUGCACCUUUGCCACAGAUAUAUUUCCCGGCCAACGGCUGUAUAGUUGGGGCCGGACGCCCGGCUGCCACUGUAAGCAGUUGGAUACACGCUUCAAAGGAUUGUGUUCCACUAAAGAGGAGUAUUAUAACAACAGACCUUCAAAAUUCGGAGGCAGCAUGUUCAUUUAGUAUUGCGAUAUUUUUGAAUUAAUAUAAAAGAUUAAAACUAUUCUA